AUGCCAACCAGUUCUCCCAAUGAAAGAAUCCUGCCUGCUGCUGGAGGACCUGGUGAGUGAAGUCAUAAGCAGAUGAUGCAUGACAACUCAGAUAUUGAAGGUUUAAACUAACUUCUCUUCAGCUAAUGAUGCAAGAUGGAAAAAAAAAAGAAAUAUAGCGUUUUAAUUACAGCUCUGAUCAAGUUUGAACAGUUUUGAACAUGGAGAAUGGAGGUUCUUCUUUUAUUGCUCUAAUGUAUUGGAUGUUCCUGAGUUUAAAAUCAAGUAUUAAACUAGCUCAGAUUGGCUGUUAAUCAUACUUGUUUUAUUUCUGUAGGGGCAAACUCUAAAAAUGUGGACCCACCUAAAGGUAAGAUUUUAUGCAACUGCUUUUCUUAGUUCCUGUUUAGUCUUAUCAAUUUAUUGAUUGGCUAACUGCAAUCCAACUUUUCUCUCUAUUCAGAAGAUACUCCAGAGUACGAGCCAAACAUCGCUGAGCCCACCUGCAGAGCUGAUCUUCUCAAAUGUAAAGAACACUGACUGGAUGAAUACUCUGUCUCUUUUACUUUUUUCUCCUUAUUGUCAAAUCUUCAUCAUUCAACAGACUGGAUCAAUCUUUCCUUUGAUGACAAGACAGCCAAUAAGAUGCUUUGGAUCACAGAAGGAGGAACCAAGGUGUCUAGAAUGACUGAUGAGCUCACUUGUCCUGUCUUGGACAGACCAGAGAGAUAUGAACACACCCCCCAAGUAGGUUUGAAGUCCUGAGUGCAAACUUUCACACGUCUUUGCUGAUCAGAUGGUUCAAUCACUUUCUGUUCUUUUUAAGGUUCUCUCCAAGGAGGGUAUCCUGGGUUUUAGAGCUUACUGGGAGGUGAAAUAUUCAGGAUGGGUGGUGGUCGGAGUUGCCUAUGAAGGCGCAGGGAGGAGGGGGAGCGAUGGACCCUGUGGGCUGGGAGAGAACGAACAGUCCUGGGGUCUCGGAUGGGGUGGAUCUCACUACCAGGUGUGGUUCAACGGCAUCAGCUCAGAAAUCUGGGAUAUCCCUCAGUGCAGCACCAUCGGGGUGUACCUCGACCAGCCAGCUGGUGUCAUUAAGUUUUAUGGGGUUGAUGAUGUGACAGAAGAGGAGAGCGAGGAUAGACAGGAGAUCAGGCUGCUGCAGCAGAUUAACAGCUCCUUUAAGGGGAAGAUGAUGGCGGGUUUCUGGGUGGGACAGAAGUCAUCAUGUUUCUUAGUUAAACACGGAGCAUAA